UCCCAAAUAUAGACUAUUAGUUAUUAUAUCCACUACUACAACUCGUUGCACGCGUUCAAAUGUGCAGAGCAGAGAACUUCGAGAACCUCGAAGAGAUGGAGCUGGAAGAAGAGUCCCCGGGGCCGUCGAGUGAAGAGGAAAGUGGAGAAGAUGAAGAACUGUCUUCCCUGCCAUCAGUUCCUUGGGCAGCAGGAGAUGACAGCGGGGUCUCCUCUUCCGAACCCGAAGAAGAGAGCUCGUCCGUGGACGAGGUCGAGGAGCCAGCACGACUACAACUACCGGACUGCCUAAAACCUGGCGAAAGAGAAAGACACACUCCAAUCCAACGCUUUGGGAGGAGUCCAGAAGAAAAGGCGACAGAGCUGAUGUGUUGCGUCAGGCACUUCGCGGUGAGAAUGUGGAACGCCUCAGUCACCUACGAAGUCUGGCACUUUCCUCAACAUCCUAAGUAAGUGCGUUUCUUCCGUCCUCUAAUUCGAUAACUAAUUGCGACUAGUGUGCUUUUGAAUACUCAGCAAGAGCAAGCACUGAGUAAAUAUUAUUUACAAGAUAUUAUAACCCACUAGUCGCGCACUAGUCGUUUGCAUUUUGAUUAUGGAGGGCUGAUAGAUCAACAUACUUACAACAUACCAGGUAUCAUGAUUUGAUAACCGUGAAGCAUCCGGGAGUUCAGCCAGGUGAUGCCACAGAAAUGCUUGAAGGUGACAUUAAAUUCAAUCGACAGUUCCGGGACGAGGCUCAGUUAUGAAGACGUUGGCUAGCUUGUAUUAGAUUAGUGUCAUGAUUCGCGGAAAACUAAAUGCAAUCCACUAACUAAAGCUAGCCUCUUCAGUAGUCGCAGCUUAAUUAGUCUAUCCAUACACAAGCACGGAGCUUCAUCUAGGUCCAACCAUAUCAACGAUAGUCCCGCAGUGAGUGUCAGUGAGGCUAGUAUCCACCAUGCAUCUUCUUCUAAUUUUCGAGCUCUACCGGAUUUGGCUUUACACAAUCCGUUUCUUCUUCGAAAGCUUCGACCAAGUCAGCUCCUACUUGAAGACGAAAGCCAGACGAGAAGACCUCGCUACUGUCGACAGCUGCAUGAAAAAGCUCAGCACGAAGGUUCUUACGCUGGUUUCCAACAUAAACAUUUUGAAGCACGACCCGCUUGAUCAUCCGACAAAGUCGAUUUGGUUUGAUCCGUCGACACACGAUAUUGCUGCAUACAAAUCGCCGCGUAACGUUCUGGGAUUGAUCUUGCUUAUGUUGAGCGCUCCGCUUCUAUAAUAUAGUUUUAUAUAUAUAUAUAUAUAUAUAUAUAUAUGUGUCAGUCACGUGAUUCGCAAAUGAGUGAAUGAAUGAAUGAAUGAAUGAAUGAAUGAAUGAAUGAGUGAGUGAAUGAAUGAAUGAAUGAAUGAAUGAAUGAAUGAGUGAAUGAAUGAAUGAAUGAGUGAAUGAAUGAAUGAAUGAAUGAAUGAAUGAAUGAAUGAAUGAAUGAAUGAAUGAAUGAAUGAAUGAAUGAAUGAAUGAAUGAAUGAGUGAAUGAAUGAAUGAAUGAAUGAAUGAAUGAAUGAGUGAAUGAAUGAAUGAAUGAAUGAAUGAGUGAAUGAAUGAAUGAGUGAAUUAUUAUUAUUAUUAUUAUUUCAUUAUUAUUAUUAUUAUUAUCUCCCCCCGUUACUAAGAAUGAAUGAACGAAUGAAUUAUUAUGAUUAUUAUUAUUAUUAUUAUUAUUAUUAUUAUUAUUAUUAUUAUUAUUAUUAUUAUUAUUAUUAUUAUUAUUAUCUCCCCCCGUUACUAAGAUGAAUGAAUGAAUGAGUGAGUGAGUGAAUGAAUGAAUGAGUGAAUGAAUUUAUUAAUUUAUUAAUUUAUUUUGAUAAUAGCGAAAGGAAGUAGAUCGUACUACAACUAGCGAAAGUCCUCUAGUGAACUUGUUGUAUGAGUACGUUGGGUGCAGGAACAAGUUGUCGUAGUUUCAUGUGCGGGGAAAUGAAAAGUCGCAGCCUCUAAUAGCAAAAUCGACGAAGCGCAGCAGCGGGUCGAUCCGAUGCGCCAGAUUUUUGACGAUACCGGAGUUGGCAUGUACGACGUCCUCAUCAUGGAGCCGGACCCUCAAGCAGACCUGUUGAGCUCAGAGGUGGAAGACUCCUCAUCUUCUUCCAGUGCGUCAUCUCCUUCUAGUAGCAGCAAUCAGGAGCAAGUAAGCACUAUAUCUAUUGCAAUUAAUAAAAACGAUGGUCGUAUCUAUAUAGAAAAAACUUGCUGUCGAUGUCUCGGGUCAUACAACUUAGCCUUUCAGUCGAGGCCCAUAGUCCAUUAUUACUCAUUCAUCUGCUCGCUCCCUUAUUCUUGUUUCCAUUUUUCUACAUAAGCAGCAUCCUUACUACAACGGCAUGCCUUUCACUUCAGGAGCUUCAGAGCCCCGGCAAUAGUGAAGAAAACGAACACGAGGCUGAGCACGAAGAUUUCCAUGAGGAGGAAUAUACCCAUACCCACGAGGAGGAAGACACAGACGACGAGGCGGGCGACCUUCUUCGUGCAGAAGACCAAUAAGUAUUGACGAGGUCAAAUUCAAAACACUUUUUCGAGGCUAAAACUUAAUACAUAGUGCAAAAGAUUCAUCGUCGUCGUUGGUCCGAUAAAGAAGGCACACCCAUCGCUUUGACUCAAUCGAUAGAACAUAAUAAUAAUGAAAAUGAACAAGUUAAUCCUAAACGCUCAGUAUAGGUCUAGCACGUCAGUCAAUCAAUCGAUCUAAAAUCAUUAUACCUUCGCCAAAGGGUGUAGCUGUAGACGAAAAUCAAGCUCAAGAUCAAUGCAUAUAGAUGGGGUUAGCUCUAUCGUCUAGUUGGAGGCGAACCUUUGAGAUGACCACAAAAGUGACAGUCUACAUCAAGAUCAAUGUGGUACUAUAAUCAAUAUUCUGCUAUAAGAGGACUGCAGCCAAAGAAAGAGACCCGAGGUCACAACUAGUGAAUUCAGUCCCCUCAACCAACGCGCUCUGCAGCCACAUGAUUCCCCAUCACCCAUUCAAGAUUACUCAGACCUCUUUCUGAUUUGUAUCGUCUGACAGAGAGGAAAAGGCGCCUCUACCUCUACCAUACAGUUACAGCGAGGCUCAGCUUCGCAAUGUGUAG